AAUGCAAAAUUUUUCGAUCUCAAAUUUCCAAAACUUCGACCAUCAAGAGGGAUUUCGAUUGUUCUUUGCGAAAAGAGUACCUAAACAAUUAUCGAACUUACCGAUUUCCUCGACAUAUGCCUGCUUCUAGAACCUCGUCACUUCCUUUCCGUAACGACGGAAAAAGCGCAGUUGUGGCGACGUGAUUGUUCUCAGUGUGCGAGAUUUGAUGGCGUCUGUGAGGAAAAUUGAAGCAUCGGGGAGAUAAGACGAUCUGGAAUCUUGCACCAGUUAUCUUGUUUGACCUACAACAUAUCCGUAGAUUUGAGAUGAACUCCGAAUUCGUACUUUCUCCAACUGGCUUGAGAAGUCCUGAACGCUACAUUGCAAUCCAUGAGUUUCAGACAACAAGAGAUGAUGAAAUAGAUCUACAAAAGGGUGACGUUGUUCUGGUGGUGAAAAAGUAUCAAGAUGGCUGGUUCAGGGGCGUUAGAUGCCGAGGCUACCAGGUUGGCUGCUUUCCUGGUAACUUUGUAGCCAUAGAUGCAUCGCCUGGUGAAUGCAAUAGAUCUCCGUUUUCAUUCGAAACUCCACCACCACUCCCCGGAAAGCAAGUGCGCACAGCUCGACUUAUAGAUCUUGAUGAUAAACCCCAGGUGGCCAAGCCAUGUCCACUAUCUCCUGUAGAGGGAGGUCUUCCGCCUGAGCUCCCAGCGAAACACAGGGAUCGGUGGUCAACUAGCUUCCAAUCAGACCUAAACCACAAUAGCAGCAUUGAGCUGGAAAAUGAGAAUGGAAUAAGGAACGAGGAAUCACAGAGUUAUGACCAUAAUUCGCCGAAUAGUAAAUUAGACGAGCAGUGUGCUUCGACCAGUCAGGAGUCUAUUGAGAAGGCCGAAUUCAUGAAUUUUGGGAAGGGGAUUAAGAGGAAUGACGAGCACAGGAAUAGCACAGUAGGGGCAUCGUCGUUUAUGGGAUUACAAUUGUUACAAAGCAAAGACAGCUCAGAAGAUACAGCUGAGAAGAGAAGAACCAGAGCAGCAGAGGAAUUGUUGACUUCAGAGAUGUCAUAUUUUAGCGGCCUCAAUAUGCUGAUUUCGAAUUACCUUAGUCCAUUGAGGGAGAGCCAUAUUAUAUCAGAUGACGACAUUAAAAGAAUAUUUUCCAAUGUAGAGUCUUUAGCGUUCAUCAGUAAAGAGAUGGUUAGCAAGCUUCAGUCGCGACUGGCCAAAUGGGACGUCAACACGACAAUUAUCGGUGACGUCCUCCUAGAAAUGUUUUCCUAUCUCAAGCUUUUUGAGCCUUACUUCAACUCUAGAAACAAAGGAAACGAGGUCAAAGCCAAGCUGGAGAAGAACAACGAGAAAUUCCGAUUAAUAUCAACACGGACAAUAAACGGACAAACUUUGAACUCGCUCCUUCUUAUGCCAAUUCAGAGAAUACCUCGAUACGAACUUCUAUUGAAGGAACUUGUCAAGCGUACAGAUGAGAGCCAUCCAGAUUAUGGGAACCUCAAAGAAGCUCAGGCAAAAGCACAAAAGGCAGCAGCAGAGCUCAAUGAACAUAUUCGCAGAAUCGAGAACGAGUCUAAAAUUAUCGAGGUGAUGAAAAGUUUCCCCAAUGAUGAACUGAACUUGAUUCAUGCUGCAAAUACACACGUAAGAACAACAGGGACCGCAAGAAUAAAGAAACAGGAACGACAGCAGAUGGCCACGCUGUCCAGAAAAAUUAAACGAAUGUCACUUCCUCUAGCGAGUUCAAUUGAGACGUCGCCUCACUUGCCCCGAUCGGCUACGGCAUCCCCGAUACCUGGGGUUAGAGAACGAGACAACAGUGAUAGCGAUAGUGACUCCGAAUCCCCGGGAUCCACCGGGGAUACAUUUAGCACAAGCGUAUUCCUAUACGAGGGAGCAGUCGAGCGCGUGACUCGUAAAGCCACAGGAAGCAGUGAGGGCGGCAUGGUGCACGAGACAGUGGAAAGAUAUUUGUUUCUGUUCGACAACGUUCUUCUCGUCUCUGCGGCUUCAGAUAACGUAUUAACCGGCAAGCGCACCUUUAAACUCAAGAACGACCACCCCCUCAACCAGUCAUGGGUGGCAAGUCCCUUGGCGUACUACACCAACCCUCCUGAAACAAUGUUUCUGUUCGGCACUCCGCUUCAUGUCUACAAAUUCCUGGCCGCAUCCGUACGAGAAAAAGAGACCUGGGAACGAGAGCUUAAGAAAGCUAUUGACAAGGAAAAGGAACAGUUGGUGCGCGCCUUUCAGGCAUUACCACUGCCCAACCAGCGGUUUACUGCUGUCACACUCGAAGCUAAAAUCGACUACAACAAAACGGUGGAUGUAGAGCUAAACCUCAGACAAGGCGAGGAAGUACUCGUCGUGGGAUUCAAACCGGAGGAGGGACCCUGGAGAAGUUGGCAGCCGGGACUUUACCCUGAUGGGUUUUUUGAUUUAUCACUAGAAUGGUGGCCAGGUAUACAGAAAGGGAAAUUUGGCUGGUUUCCAGCACAGUGUGUCGCAGGACCCGAGACGUGGACUCUGUCGCCCACAGAUGAUGAUAUUCACCCGAUACCAACGGCUGUUGCCUUGAACCAGAUCCAGAACACAAUGAGGAUGUGGACUGGGAGCCACCCGUCGGCAGUUGACGACGUUAAAGUUGUCAAGAUUUAUCGGCCGGACAAAACGUUCAAGACGUGUAAAGUAGAAAGCGAUUACCAGAUCAAGGAUGUUUUAAGACAAUAUUCAAGGCACAAGAGUUUCUGUGGGGCUGACAUUGAUGUAGAUAACUUAGAACUGUGGGAGGAGUCUUUAGACGGAUCAGUUCAUCAUCUUCUCCCACAAGAUACAACAUUAGGAGCAGCAAUGGGAGUCUGGGGAAAAUACAAAAUAAACAUGAAGUUUGUCAUUCGAGUAAAGGGAGAAACUCGUGCCGGCUCGAAAACUAUUCUAGAUAUGUGAUGAGAUGCCUUAAGUUUUAUAAUUUAAAUGGUACGUUUUGUAAAUUUUAAAAUGAAUUAAGUAAUUUUUACAAAUGAAACCCUAAACUCGAACUUCUGCAAUUUUCGAUAUAAAACAGACUCUUGCAACAAUUUUCAACUGCCGUUUGUCACUUGAAAAUCACAGAGUUUGCCGAAGGUUAGAAGUGCAGGUUCAUUCAGGGUGGUCAGUACCCUUAAACAGCCUCUGCCAGCCGCCAUUUUGUCAUCCUAGCAAAGUACAAAGUGGAAAAAGCAUCCAUUUCCAUCGGUGGAUUUGGGGAAGCCAGUGCGAUAUUUCCGAUUGAAGUUGGUAAACAAGGUUUCAGACUUUAUUUUUAGAUAGUUAUUUCGAGAUUUUAUAGUACAUUAUGUGACUUCCAAUAUUAAAUAAAAACAAUAACAAAGGUGUGGCUGACAAGGGUACUUUAGGGAGUUCUUGAAUUUAACCUUGUUGAUGAGUGAACUGUGCAUGAUGCUGUGUAUCUGCCCUUCUGUACACUCAAACAAAUUUAUGUUUGCUAGCCUGAGCAUUUCUUUGUUUUAUCUAUCUUAUUUCUGUUAUUUGAAGAGGAUGGAUAAAUAAUAAUUAUUUGUAAAUAGCAUUUCAAAAAUUUUUGACAAAAAAUAGACUCUUAUUUUACAAAUCACUUAGACUACAUUCAUACUUUUAAAAUGUUGUAUUAUAAGAGGAUCUGACAUUUGUAAUGUUAUGAUACGAUUAUUAUAUGAAAUAUAAAUUCUACCAUUGCAAGAGGAA